AUGGCGGAAGAAUCGGGUCGUCCAAAUUCGACCGUCUAUGUGGGCGGGCUGGAUACGACUCUUGUGACAGUAGCGACCUUGUCAGAAGCCUUUAUUCCUUUCGGAGAAAUUUCUGAUAUUACUCUACCAAAGCCUACAGCCCCAUCGUCUACCGAGCUGCAUCGUGGAUUUGGCUAUGUGGAAUUCGAAGAGGCAGCCGAUGCUCAGGAAGCCAUAAACAAUAUGGACCAGAGUGAAAUCUAUGGACGAGUGAUCAAGGUCUCCAUGGCCAAACCCGACAGGAAAGAAACGGGAGAACCUGGUUUAGGAAGCACUACUGCUAUUUGGGAACAGGAAGGAUAUCUGGCCCAAUAUACUACUGCGGCCAAUGAAGAUCGAGCAGCUGUAGAGCAAUCGAGAGCCGACAAGCCAGAGGAUCCUAUGCAAGGUCUAGAAGGCUUGGAUGUAGCGGGGCCUAAGCGAGAGUGA